GGCGGCGGCGGCCGGCUUGGGGGUCCCGGGCUGCGUGGCCCCGAGGUGGCACGGACAUGGUGGCGAAGCUGAGCCAGCUGCAGACGGAGCUGCUGGCCGCCCUGCUCGAGUCGGGCCUGAGCAAAGAGGCGCUGAUCCAGGCUCUGGGGGAGCCGGAAGCCUACCUGCUGGCCGUGGACGAGCCCCUGGACAAGGGAGAGGCCUGCGGCGCUGGCCCAGGGGAGCUGGCCGAGCUUCCUAACGGGCUGGGGGAGAUACGGGGCUCGGAGGAGGAGACAGACGAUGACGGCGAAGACUUCACGCCACCCAUCCUUAAGGAGCUGGAGAACCUCAGCCCCGAGGAGGCGGCCCACCAGAAGGCCGUGGUGGAGACCCUGCUGCAGGAGGACCCCUGGCGAGUGGCGAAGAUGGUCAAGUCCUAUCUGCAGCAGCACAACAUCCCGCAGCGGGAGGUGGUGGACACCACGGGCCUUAACCAGUCCCAUCUGUCCCAGCACCUCAACAAGGGCACCCCCAUGAAGACGCAGAAGCGCGCUGCCCUGUACACCUGGUACGUCCGCAAGCAGCGAGAGGUGGCCCAGCAGUUCACCCAUGCAGGACAGGGUGGGCUGAUCGAAGAGCCCACAGGCGAUGAACUGCCCACCAAGAAGGGACGGAGGAACCGGUUCAAGUGGGGUCCAGCAUCCCAGCAGAUCCUGUUCCAGGCCUAUGAGAGGCAGAAGAACCCCAGCAAGGAGGAGAGGGAGGCACUGGUGGAGGAGUGUAACAGGGCGGAGUGCAUCCAGAGGGGAGUGUCACCAUCGCAGGCACAGGGACUGGGCUCCAAUCUCGUCACGGAGGUGCGUGUCUACAACUGGUUUGCCAACCGGCGCAAAGAAGAAGCCUUCCGCCACAAGCUGGCCAUGGACACAUACAAUGGGCCACCAUCGGGGCCAGGCCCGGGGUCUGCGCUGCCUGCCCACAGCUCCCCUGGCCUGCCCCCACCUGCCCUCUCCCCCAGCAAGGUCCACGGUGUGCGCUAUGGGCAGUCUGCAACCAGCGAGGCAGCAGAGGUGCCCUCCAGCAGUGGUGGCCCCUUGGUGACUGUGUCUGCACCCUGCCUGCACCAAGUGUCGCCCACGGGCCUGGAGCCCACCCACAGCCUGCUGAGCACUGAAGCCAAGCUGGUCUCAGCCACUGGGGGCCCUCUGCCCCCUGUCAGCACCCUGACAGCACUGCACAGCCUGGAGCAGACAUCCCCGGGCCUCAGUCAGCAGACCCAGAACCUCAUCAUGGCUUCGCUCCCUGGGGUCAUGGCCAUCGGGCCUGGUGAACCUGCCACCCUGGGAUCCACCUUUACCAACACUGGCGCGUCCACCCUGGUCAUUGGCCUGGCCUCCACUCAGGCCCAGAGCGUGCCGGUCAUCAACAGCAUGGGCAGUAGCCUGACUACCCUGCAGCCGCUGCACCCGUCCUACCAGCAGUCCCUCAUGCCCCCAGUGCAGAGCCACAUGGCCCAGAGCCCCUUCAUGGCCACCAUGGCACAGUUGCAGAGCCCCCAUGCUCUGUACAGCCACAAGCCAGAGGUGGCCCAGUACACGCCCACGGGCUUGCUGCCCCAGACCAUGCUUAUCACCGACACUGCCAACCUGAGCGCCUUCGCCAGUCUCACGCCCACUAAGCAGGUCUUCACCUCCGAAGCAGAGGUCUCCAGCGAGUCUGCGCUUCAUACGUCCGUGUCCCAGGCCACCACCAUCCACAUCCCCAACCAGGACCCGGCUAAUAUCCAGCACCUGCAGCCUGCCCACCGGCUCAGUGCCAGCCCAACGGUGUCCUCUAGCAGCCUGGUACUAUACCAGAGCUCCGACUCCACCAACGGCCACAGCCACCUGCUGCCCACCAAUCACGGGGUCAUUGAGACCUUUAUCUCCACGCAGAUGGCCUCUUCCUCCCAGUAACCAUGGCAACCACCUCCCAGGUUGCCUCCUGCACUGCCUGCUCCUGGGGGGAAGGAGGGCAGUGUUGCUGCCAGGAGGGUAUUUGAGCCAAGCUCUGCUGCCCAGGGCUGCCACCUCCCGGACACUGUCCUGGUCCCCUCUGGCUCUGCCAGCAGAGGGAGGGUGCCCCCAGGUGAGCAGGGCCACUUCAGUUGCCGAAAAGGGGGCUGUAGAGAGUUGGGACGCAGAGCGUCUUCCUGGUCCUGCUUAGGGUCAACCUUGUUACUGGACAUUCAGCCUGGGCUUGCAGCGGAGAGCCCUGGGGCUCUGAAGGGGCCACACUCCUCAGGACGCAGGUCACCUGCCCCUGGGAUGAAUGCUCUGUGGGCUUGUCUGUCGCCCACGUGCCCACCCACCAGGCCACUCCAGCCCUACUCCUCAUUGCCUCACAUGAUUUCUUGGGUCACAGGGGACUCAAGCCAAUGGGGUCGGUGGGCUAGGCUCCUCCCCCCUCCCCCCCACUGCCCCACCUCUACCCCUUCCUUUCCUGGAUGCUCGUUCCCUGAGUCACAGCUUCGGAAGCCAGCUCGGGGCCUUGGCACUCUGCAGUUGGUGACGCUUCUCUGACCCCAGGGUGUCCUGCAGACCCGGCCCUUGUUGGGGGAGGCAGUAUGGCAGAGCUGAGGAGCCCAGUCGGAGGGCUUGCUGUGUGGACAGGACAGACGGGAAACCUGGGUACCUGGGGCUUGGCUGGCUGAGGGCUGGGGAGGGGCCUGAGGGGCCCAAGGAGAACCAGCACCCCCUGCGGCUAGUCGCCAGCCUGUUGCGUAAUUUAACAUUUAGUAAUAAAGCAAACAAGACAUGUAA